AACAAUAAUCACCAAUGUUGUAGUAUUUACGUUCUAGUCUCCGGUGUGAGCGGAGUAGCGUUAAAAUCUGUGACUCAAGGUGCUACAGUUGACACAACAUAAAACAUGGCGUCAGCGACGGCACCACUGUUGGAUGAUGACACACUGGGGUUUGGGGAGGAGGAGGAGGAGAUACAAACAAAUAGUAAAUCACUCAAACAUCCAUAUGUAACAUUUUUCCACCUGGCUUUCAGAGUAUCAGCAAUUGUGGCAUAUUUGCUGUGUGGGUUGUUUAGUAACAGUUUCAUUGCAAGUUUUGUUACUGUGGUCCUACUUCUAUCAGUGGACUUUUGGACAGUAAAGAAUAUUACAGGGCGACUGAUGGUUGGUCUGCGAUGGUGGAACUAUGUUGACGAUGAAGGGAAAUCACACUGGGUUUUUGAAGCAAGAAAGGGCACCCAACAGAAUCGGAUAAAUCCAUAUGAAGCACAAAUUUUCUGGAUGGCUCUAAUUCUGUGUCCUGUACUUUGGGUUCUUUUCUUUCUUAUUGCCCUGAUUGGUCUCAAUUUCAAAUGGCUGUUACUGAUAUGCAUAGCAAUUGUACUGAAUGGUGCCAAUCUCUAUGGGUACAUCAAAUGUAAGACUGGACAUGGCGAGAAACUCGGCACAUCUCUUACAAGUGGUAUCUAUGAUGGCCAGACCCAGUCAGUCCCCAAGCAACAUGAGAGGACAAACCAACAUUAUAUGAAUCAGCAUGUCUUUGAGUUAGUGAAAAAUGUGUUAUCAGUUUGAAUUGUGUGAAGUGACACAUUAUGCCCCAAUCAUACAUUUCACAUUCAUUGACUUCGUUACUAAUUGUUUCUGUGAUCUUUUAGUUCAUGUCAUGAACUUUAUUUACAGUAAUAUCCAAGCAUUCAGUGAUUUUUUGCAGUAAAUAUGUACAUAAUUUCAUACAUUCAUAUUAAUGAUGAUUUUCCAACUGAUCUUGAAUGUAUUUGGUUUUGAUGAAACAUUGACAAGUAUGUGAUAAAAAUGGAUUUAUGUAUAUUAUGUAUAAUAUUCAGUGACUUUUAAAGCUGUGGACACAACUGUAUUAAUUAUAUUAUUUGUAAUAUUUUCACAUGCUACACAUUCUAAUUAAGUGCUUCCAGUGAAUUUUAUAAACAGAGUUGAUCUUUACCUUAUUUAUUAUAUACAUUUCCUUUUUAAUUAUAACUGAAUAGCAGAGUCAGUCCCAUGUACAAAAUUAUGAAAUGACAAUACAGUGAAAUCUGGUUAAUUUCAGUUUAAACUUUAGGGACCAUACCAUUUAGUCUGCAGAUCAACAAAAUAUCAACAUUCCUUGUCACCAGUUGUAACUACAAUUCACUGUUUAUUUCAGGCAUGUUCUUUCUACAGUUAUGGAAUUAAAAUCUUGGGAGUAUGAUUCACACAACAAAUUACAGCAGUAGUCCAUCAUGGAAAACAUCCCUGCCUAUAUUGUCUAUCUAUGAAAAUGAAAUAUUUAUUCACUAAAACUGUGUAAGCCAUUAUUAAGUUAGUUUCCAUGUUACGUCCUGCUGUAUUUGUUACAGUAGAGUGGCUGAAAGGUCACAGCAUAGACCUUAUGUUAUCCCCACGUAUUUUUAUUCAUGUAAGAUUGGAAUAUGACGUAUUCAGAGAUUUGGUUUUCUUAAUUUCAUGACAAGAAAUGAGGGAUUUUUCCUAAAUACUAUAUUUAAAGUUCUCAAUCUUUAAAAAUAAUUGUCAUUUGUAUAACUGAUGGACUGUAUACUAUACUGUACUAUAUAACAUGACAGGAAUUUUUUAUUUUUCAGUCAGAAGAUACUUAUAUUUGUUUUCUACAGUCCUUGAAAUGUCUUGUUUAUUCCGUAUGGGUUAGCAUUCAUAAAAGAAAAAAUUAUGAAUCAUAUGUAGUGUUAUCUUAAUUAAACAAUAUUUAUUGAGAUUCUAUUAAUUUUGCAAAAUAAAGCACAUUAAAUUUGUUAAA